CUGUGCCAGUGCCUGACCACCCUCUGGUGAAGAAUCUUUUUCUGGAUAACCAACCUGACCUUGCUCUGUCAUGACUAGGAGGUGUAACACCAUCACCUGUUGAUUCAUGCAUUGGGAUGCUCUGGCUGAGACACUAUAUGCCACCUGCACGGCACUGCCACAGGCUGCUUGCUAAAUACAUAUUCUGUACCUGUUUCCAGACUUCCUUUAAAUGCUUGUUUUUUGUUGUUAUUUGUUUUCCAUUUUUGUACUGAGUGAGCCUGGACCUCCCCGAGUGUUUCUCUCACCAUUUCCAUAUGACUGUUUUAAGGUGGGCGGGUGAAGUGAAGCAGGCGGUUCCUAUCAGCCCCCCAGAGCUGAGCAGAGUGGAGCAGAGCAGAGCAGAGCAGAGCGAGGGACCCAGUGGUGCGGGCUGCCUGGCCGUGCCCAUGCUGCCACUGCCACUGCGCCUCCGCCCCGGGCGGGUGAGGAGUGCCCCGCUGCUCCGCCCGGUCGCACUACGAGGAGCCGCCGCCAGCGACGGGCCCGGGCGGGGUCCAGCAGUUCCCCGCGCUGAACAGGCCCACAAGGUGGUUGCAAGCUACAAACCUUCAAAGUUUGACAAGAAAAUCCUCCUCUGGACUGGUCGCUUCAAGACAGAAGAAGAAAUUCCUCCGAGGAUCCCGCCAGAGAUGCUUGACAGGGCAAGGAACAAAGCCCGUGUUAAAGCUUGUUACAUCAUGAUCGGCCUUUCAAUCGUUGCCUGUUUUGCAGUGAUUGCUUCAGCCAAGAAGGCUGCGGCCCGGCACGAGUCCCUGACAAGCUGGAACAUGGCAAAGAAGGAGAAGUGGAGGAGAGAGGCUGCACUGGCAGCGGAGUCAAAGCCUAAGUAACUUGUCCUUGCCCCAUGUCCUUGUAGGACCCAAGUUAGCAGUCAGGAGUGGUUAGUGAAUUAAUUUCACCACCCAAUGGACAACUGUAGCAUUGCACAAACUGGAGCUAACAGCACUGGUUCUGAGAUCACAGAAACUGAGGUAUUUAUUAAAGAAAGCGUACACACUUGCACCUGAUUAACAUCAGAGUCUGUUACACAAUUAAAACCAAUAACUACAAAGAAGAUCAGGUCGAUGCCUAAGAAUGAAAGGUAAAGGGCUUGCCAAGUAUCUGCAAUCUGACUUAAAACCUUCCUUUCAAGGCUUGAUGUUGAGCUCUACUGAAAAGAUCAGAGCUCUUUACUGAAAAACUAGUUGUAUUUUCCUCAAUGAAAGGUUAAAUUAUAGUAGACCAAAGAGUACUGAUGUGACAAUACUGAAACUGCAAAAAUAAGGGGACAUACUAUUAAUGUUUUGUAGUUCUAAGCAUGUAACAAACUAAUCAGCAAGAAUGCUUCAAUUUUUCCAUACCAGGAAGAAAAGGCUUGGGGAAAUGAAGGCAAGGGAAACAAACUCCACUCCUUAGAAACUUCAAUAGGAAUUCCCCAAACAAGUGGUCAGUUCUGUAUGUGACCAUCACACUACUGUAUGCUUGGUCUGAUGUUUAAAAAUCAAUGUUAAAACAAGAGGCGCUCCAUCACAGUGCACAAACCAGCCUUGCUGAAUUCAUUAUCCUCAGUGUUGUAUUCAAAGCGGCAUUAGGUGAAGAAGCCACACUCAUUUAAAACACCAAACACAACACACUUCUGCAAAAUAGGUUUUUAUUGGUUUCCGUAUGGUAUUUGGAGAUUUAACAUUCCGUAAUAUUGCAUACUACUCACGUGGGGUUUGUUACAGUAACGGGCCUUUGGCCUGGAUUUAAAGAUGCACUAUUGCUACCUGAAGGUAAUACAGGUUUGUUAUGUGAAGACCUUGUGUGGUAACUGAAAUUUCUCAUUCCGGAUUUCAGUGAACUCCGAGGUUCACCGCUGAACUUUUCCCAGCUGGCAGAACAAUGGCCAAACCCCUCAGUUGGACAACUCAAUACAUUUAGACCAACUGAGCACUAGCCAUGAAUCACAGACAAUAGUGCAUCCUUUUUAAAGACAGACCUGACAACAGAAACGUUCCAGUUGCAAGCUUCUCCUACAACUUAUUUCUGGGCCAACAUGAUUACUAUUGUUUUUUGAUUGCUGCUAGCAACAGUUCUUAAAGCAAAUCCUAGAAAAUUAAAAAGCCGUGUGAACCAGUCCUCAGACAAAAGUGCAAUGAUGAAGAAAUCAGAUAUGAUACAGUGUGUCAAGAGUGGAGAACUGAAAAACAAAUCCCAUGUUUUGCAUAGUUGCAUAGAUCAGCUAGCUGGUAUUCGCAUUGAAGCAAAACAAAUGGUACCCUAUUAAUACCACCCACCCCCCAAACUGUAUUUUAAAACAGACUUCACAACUGAUGGGGUACAUCGGUAAUAUCAUACAAACACCAAAAUGAUUUUCUUUAGUUGUUUGGGUUUGCUUUUUUCCCCUUCACUGGUUUCAUCUGUUUAGGCAACACUGUCAGGCUCACAUCUGUACUGAUAGAUGACUACACCACAGAUGACUAUUAGACGUCAUCUUUUUAUGCUGUUCCUUAAUGUGCUUUUAAUCAAACGUGCAAGAAAUCCAAUGAUAUAUAACAGGAAGGACCAUCUUUUAUGCUUAUGAACAUCUCUCUUUUUUUAAACAACAUGAGAAUAAACCAAGUGUUGAGUUCAAAUAACUGUUUCAUUAGCUAAAGUCCAUCACUUUCAUCUCCCUUUUAAACUAUUACACUUAAAUAUAUCAGACAUGAAAUAUAUUUAAUCUAAAUGCAUAAAGUGCAGUCACUAACUGUUCAGACAAUAUAUCCACAAAACUGAAGACAUUCUUUCAAAACAAAUAUAAUACUUUGUACGCCCCCUCGUCUCAUUUUCAAGUCUUUUAAUCAAGAUUUUGAUAGUUCAGAUUUGGUUUAAGUUCGAGAGGCUUAUCAAUGCAGUGUUUGUAAGGUCCUCCAAAUAAAAAGCAGGCACAACUGGUUACAGAACAUUAUCGAAUCAAGUCUGUUAGAAAUAAUGGAAUACCCUGUUACCUGAAUUCUUUAUUUCUACACUAGAAGAACAUUGAAAUUCAGCAUUUACUAGCAAUCCUAGUAGAUUUCCACAAUCUCUACCCUGUACUUUGAGCAGAUGGUGGGAAGGAAGGUCAGCAUAUGCAAACUGAAAACUGUAAGAGUAAAAAGGGCACAAAUACAAUCAUCUAAUAUCAUAUGAAAAUUUGGCAGCUGUACUCAGAUUAUCACACUACUCAAAACCAUUGUAUGCUGUACAAAUCUAGGUUUAAAGUGUCAUUUGAUAAAAUAUCUCAUUAUUCAAGAGUUCAUAAAGUAACAGCACUCCUAUAUACACGCUUCUUACACCUCUAAAUUCCAGUAAAAAGACUUCAAAAAGAGAUUUUGUUCCUCCCAGUUAUAUCUUAGUCAAAACUGACCAUUAAUCUUAAAAAUCCACUUGUCCCUCAUUCGAAUACAAUAUAUCAUAUAUUGCUGCAACAUCAAAGCAAAACAUCUUAGAAUCCUAACUUGCACAUAAAAAAAAAUCUAAGUAGAAAAUGAUACUGUAAAUGAUAUCACCCUUAAUAAGUACUUUUCAGUGCAUUAAAGUACUGUGCACAGUGUCAUGGGAUAAGUGAUUUCAUGUCUGAAUUGCAGCUUUUUAUGAAGUAUGAAAUGCUGUCAUAUGCCAACUCACUUAACCCAGGAGUCUGAAGAUAAUACAUUAAUUACAGAUAAAAAAUAAUAAGUCAUACUUUAGUUAAUCCAAAGUAUUAGUUUCUCCAAAUGAAACAUACUACUAAUAUUCCAGAAUCACUACAAAUAUGCAAGUCCAAGCACAGCAAACAUUUUUCUGUACUCAAAACUGUUAACGUGAAUAUUUGAAUUCUGUUUCUGUUAGUGUUUAAACAGCAAACACCGUGUACUGUAGAGCCUAAAUAUUUAGAAUACAGUAACUUCUAGUUAGUUUUGGUGUCCACAUACUUAAUGUGUAUUUACAGUAUAACAAAUUGUCAAUUAGCUGGAAAGGAGUGAUUCUCUUUUCAUUCCACACUGCAGUAUUUCCAUAGUCUUACCAGAUGAGAACGGAGUCAGCAAACUUAGAGAACAACUCCAGAGGUGGGGGCAUACUUGGUCAAAAAUGUAACACCUACUUUCUCAACCUUGAAGAAGCUACUGUUACUAGAAAGAGUAACACUGCAAUGUUUCCCCAACUGAAGUGGUGUUACUACAUUUUGGCAGGAGGCAGCUGUAAACCAUCUGCUUUGUAUUUCCAACUGUACAAAUGACCAUCUCCGUCAUCCACGAUUGCAGCAUUCUUGUGGUAACUACGGCGGCUGCUUCCACAGCAAAGUAUUGUGUUUGUGGCUGACUUUAAAUGCCAUUUAGCAGCUUUAAUUACAGAGCAAGCACCAAAUGACCAGCAAGCUCUCUGCUGAUUCCAAUUUGAAAAACCUCUGAAACAGUUUCUUCCCACAUAAUCGUGUAAAAGCUUUUUCAGGUACUCAAUAUUACAUACUGCGUAAUUAUCAUUAUAUAUAUGUAUUAUGUCUUUAAAUACAUUUUAUAAAUAAAUUCCAACAGUGUGUGGUAUAGUAAGUAAUGCAUGGAAGUAUCAUAAUUUAAAUAAAUAUUUUUCACAUUCCAAUUCAGCUUCUAACAAGCUCAUCUUUAUUUCAUGCCUUAGUUCUGAAGCAAUGUUCAAUGCUUCAAUACAAGAGGUAGAUUUGAUAGACUGGGCAAGUCAAGCCUACUGCCAAAAAUACAACUGUCAGUAACUGUAUUGCUGAUAUGCAGGUUUAGACUACAAGAAAGAUUCAGAACCACUGCCUUAAAUCCUUUGAAGUCUUAGCUUAGCAGUUCCUGUUAAAUUGCAUGUAAUGCUUUGCUUUAGACAUGAUUACUCACAGUUGUUUUCUGUACACAUGAGAAUGGAAAAAAAAACCACACCCAAACGAA